AUUCAUUACCCAUCCGAGUACAAACACACAUUGCACUCCUCGUCGGCCUCUCCUUUUUUUCCCUCCUCUUUCUGGCACGUACCAAAUGCUCUGUUUCUAGGUACUCUGCUGUCAACCCAAGAGAAGGAGAGAUAGAGAAAAUCUGUACAUAUCAUCCUCUACUCACCUUCACUCAUCUUCUCAAGUCAGUCGAUCCAUCAAAAGUUCCAACAAAUCAAUAUACAUACUAUAUACACACAUCAAUCUUUAUCAUCGUGGUUCUAUAGCUCUGUUGAAUUAGUGUAUAUCAACUUUAGAACUCUGUGGUAUGGUAGAUCGCACAAAUCUCAAAAUUUUAAGGAGAUUUGCACGCUGUUCAUCCAACAGCAAUUGGGGUAUUCUGAUUUGGUUUUUGUGGGAGCUUAACUGAUUUUUGUUCAGUUAUUGAUUGCCUCACUUAGUACAUAUCGUUAAAGUUGCUCUGCAAUCUCUGGGGAUUUGUUUUGUAUUAGUAUUUGUUCAAUUAAAUGGUUGGAAGGUGCACAGUUGGGACCUCCUCGGAUCCAGAUUUCCAGAAACUUCGAACUUUGUUUUAAGCAUACGACUAGUUUAUGGCUUCAGCAGAUCUUGAUUCCCCAUGGCCAUCCUCAGAAGUUGAGUCCUUUGAUGGGUCUUUCUAUAUACACGUAGAGGAAGAGAAUUCCACAGAUGGUUUAUCUUUUCUCGAAGUUCCCACCACCUCUGUACGCCGUGGCAGUCGUAUCCCCGAACCACCUCCACUCCCUGGCAAAAACUAUACAAGAAACACUUUAUCCAAAAGGCUUGAAGUUUGUUGUUGUGUCCCAAAGGAAACAAAAGAUAUGUGGAACAAGCUCUUCAAAGAAGGGUACGGAGCAGAUGUCCAUAUUAUCACCAAGGAGAAGACAAUUAUUCCUGCUCAUUCCAGCGUUCUGAGUAUUGCAUCACCAGUCCUGGGGAAUUUCCUUCAGCAAUCUAAAGUUAAGAGUGGUAUCAGGUACAUUAAAAUUCCUGGGGUACCUCAUCAAGCCGCCUGUGCUUUCAUACGUUUCCUUUACUCAUCCUGUUAUGAAGAGGAAGAGAUGAAGAAGUUUGUUCUCCAUUUAUUGGUUUUGUCACAGUCCUACACAGUACCAUCACUUAAAAGAGUUUGUGUACAUUUGUUGGAGCAGGGUUGGACUACCACAGAAAAUGUGAUUGAUGUGCUUCAAUUAGCAAGAUGUUGCGAUGCACCACGCCUUUCCUUGACUUGUGUUCGUAUGAUUGUGAGGGACUUUAAAACCAUAGCUUCUACCGAAGGAUGGAAGGUUAUGAGGCGUGCUAAUCCAGCCCUUGAACAAGAGCUUCUGGGGGCAGUUGUGGAAACAGAUUCUAGAAAACAAGAGAGGCUGAAGAAACUUGAAGAGAAAAAGAUUUACUUGCAACUGUAUGAGGCGAUGGAAGCGCUGCUUCACAUAUGCAGGGAUGGGUGUAGGACAAUUGGACCCCGGGACAAGCUGCUGAAGGGAAGCCAGGUUGCUUGCAGUUUCCCAGCUUGCAAAGUGCUCGAGACUCUAGUCCGUCAUUUCUCCGGUUGUAAGAGCCGGGUUCCUGGUGGAUGUGUGCACUGCAAGCGCAUGUGGCAGCUUCUUGAAUUGCAUUCCCGCAUGUGCAACGACCCUGACUAUUGCAAGGUCCCUCUUUGUAGGCAUUUCAAGGAGAAAAUGCAGCAGCAGAGCAAGAAAGACGAGGCAAAGUGGAAACUUUUGGUAAGCAAAGUGUUGGUGGCGAAGAAUGCGAUGGGCCCAUUCUCAUCUCGGCAGUCAGGUUUUUUAUGACUUUAAUUAAAUUAUACUUUGUUGUAUGCUCAUAAAAGAAUUCAGGCUAAUAUUUAGCUGGCCUGUGUCAUGAAUAAUGUAAAGCUUGUGACAAAAAAAGAUGAAAACAAUUAACUUAAGAAAACCAAUCUGGUGUAUGUUAAAUUGGCUCUGUUUGAUUGUAUUUUCAAAUUAACUUUCAACACGUUAACUCCCGUUUCA